AAGACUGCCGAACCUCAGACAGUUUUGCAGGUUUAUGGACAUAAAUUCAAACAUUUGCUGAAGAACAUGAUAUAUCUGUAGAUUUACCAUCCCGUGCAAAAGAGUCCAAAAGAAAAAGACUACAGUCAAACUCGUUUGGAUAAGUUCUUAGUAAGCUCAACCACAGGGGCAAUAUCUGAAGCAAUGGAUCACGAAACAACAAAAGCUGAAGAUUAUUUUAGAAUCAAUAUAUACUUUAAAAUUCUUGAUUCCAUUAUAGUUAAUUUAAGAAAACGAUUUUCCACGGAAAAUAUGUCUUUAGCUGUCGGAGUUGACGAAUUUAUGAAACUAAACUACGUUGACAGUGCUCAGUUCAUUAAUCAUUAUAAGGAUUUACCUGAUUUAAAUAUUUGUGAAGAAAACCUUAGAUCCAAAAUGAUGGUUGCUAAAAAUUGCCUUGUUCAACCAGGAAAAGGAGAUAUUGAAGAUUUAAAAAAGAAUAUUACACCUCAAGUGUUCCCUAAAUUUUAUAAAAUGCUCCAAAUUGCUUUAACAAUUCUUACUAGCUCUGCUACGUGUGAGAUGAGUUUUUCUGCAAUGAGGAAAAUAAAAUCUUAUUUAAGAACAUCUAUACAGCAAACCCGAUUUAAUGAACUUUCAAUUUUAUAUAUAGAAAAAGAUAUCACUAAAGCAUUAAACUGUGAAAAUAUUCUAAAUACAUUUUGUGGGAGCGAAGCCCCCGCGGUUUAG